AUGGCAUUUUCAUAUCGCGUUAAACAGUCCGUCGAAAUUCCGCUCAAAGACAGUCCCGAUAAUGUAGAUUCUCGAGUGUCUUUAAAAUUUCCAUCGUCAUUCUCAGCACGGCUGGAAAUUAGUUUGGCUUUUAAGAUGGUGGCAUUUGAACGCCGAGUAUCGGAUUUAUGCGUUGAUGUUUGGAAUCUAACUCAAAGAUGGAGCGUUUUGAACAUUAAAUCAGCAGAGACUCUUGAAAAAGUUGUUAACGAUCGACUUCGUUUGAUGUAUUCCAAAAGAUUUUUUUCAAAUUCUUCCCAGCCUGUUAUCAAUGAAAAUAAUGACCAGCUCCAGGCAGAGUCGUCUUCUCUUCUUGCUCCCGCGAAAAAAUUAAGUGCUGACGAGAAAGAUCGUUUGUUAUGUGAAUUAAUUAACAAUUCUGAAAAAUUGUCUUCAUCGUUAGAAGAAUUCAGUACCGUUUGUAAAAAACUACAUACAGCACUGAAUCAGUUACUUCCUCUGCAGAAAUUGUGUUGUGGAAGGUUGAGUUCUGAAACAUCUUCUGCUGAAAAACUUCAAGCCUUGGCUGAGACUUUUCCUUUUUUGUUGUCCAUGUAUGAGCAGGAAAUGAAUGCGAAGAAAGCAGUUUUGGCCGACCUUCGACACUUCGAGAGUCGGGAUGUUUUUAUGGCAAUAUUGGCGUCUUGGAAGCAUGAAGCAUUUGUUGAUAAAAAUGUUUUGAGUGUCAUAUAUUCGCUUGUUGAAUUGAUAGAGUUGGAAUUCAACUCACUUCCUGAGGAUGGCAGUGAGGUUUUGGCUAUUCUCAAGGGAGAACAUGCAGCUUUACACUAUUGGAUCGACGUAGCUUUGGCGUACUAUGCUCGUGGUAAUGAGGUAGACUUUGUGAGGAUCCUGGAGUUAGCCGGGUCAGAAGCGAGCCUUGAUUACAAUGAAUAUCCGAAUGAUCAGAUGCGUGCGCUGGAUAUCCUUGCUGCAUACUAUUGCCAUAGAGAGAAAAAUAAGGAAAAAAAGAAAGAGUGGCAUACUAAAGCUACUUUACUUUAUACGACAGCCGACAAAAUUAUAAUGUAUGAUACUUACCAUCUCCUUGGUCGAGCCUAUUUUUGUUUGUUAGAAGGGAAAAUUGACCAGGCAGAGCAGCAGUUCAACUUUGUAUUGAACCAGCUUAAUGAAAAUAUUCCUGCUACCCUUGGUAAGGCAUGUAUUUUCUUCCAAAAGAAGGAGUUCCGGAAAGCACUGAACUGUUAUAAAUGCGUUUUGCGGAAGUUGCCAGACUGUCCAGAAGACGUGCGACUUGGUAUAGGUUACUGCCUUGCUAAACUGGGACGGAUGGAUAAAGCAAGAGCUGCUUUCCAACGUGUAUUAGAUCUUGAUCCGGAAAAUGUUAACGCUUUAGUGGCUCUUGCGAUAUUAGACUUAAAUACUGGAAACGAGGGUAUUCAAAAGGGCGUGCAGCUUCUUAGUCGUGCUUACAAUGUCGACCGUGAAAACCCAGUUGUUUUAAACCACCUGGCAAAUCAUUUUUUUUACAAAAAGAUGUUCGAUAGAGUGGAGCACCUGGCCUGGCAUGCCUUCCAAAUAACAGAUAAUGAGGCAAUGCGGGCAGAGAGCAGUUUCCAGCUUGCUCGAAGUUACCAUUUUCGGAAUAACUUCGAGAAAGCUUUUCAGCAUUAUUAUCAAGCCACUCAAUUUGCCAGUCCAAACUUUGCAAUAAGUUGUUUUGAGAAGGUGCUCAAAGUUUUUCCGAACAACUAUGACACCUUAAAAGUUCUUGGCUCACUUUACGCUCAUUCUGAACCAGCAGAUCAGAAAGAAAAAGAAACAAGAAGGCAGAAGGCAAAAGAGGUACUUAAAAAGGUAGUAGAUAUGUUUCCAGAUGAUAUUGAGGCACUAAUCGAUUACGCGCAACUCAUUGAAAACUCCAAUCCUCAGGCUUCUUUGGAGGCAUACCAAAAAGUAAUCGAACUGCUCCAGGCCAAUACAAUUGAUGUACCGCCUGAAAUCACUAAUAAUAUUGGGUCAUUGCAUUUUUCAAUUGGACAGUACGAGGAAGCAAAGGCUUCUUUUGAACUGGCUUUGAAAAAGCUGGCAGACGAUAGUGCAGAAGAAUUAAAACUUCUUCAAAUCACGGUGAAAUAUAAUCUUGCACGAUCUAAUGAAAUGCUAUGUCUCUUUAAUACCGCGGAGCAACUUUAUAAGAGUAUUCUGCACGAAAAACCUAACUACAUUGAUUGCUACAUGCGAUUAGGCUGUCUUGCUCGUGAUAAAGGACAAAUUUAUGAGUCGUCUGUUUGGUUUAAGGAAGGUAUGAGUAUAAAUCAGACCCAUGCUGAUGCUUGGCUUCUGAUAGCUAAUCUUCAUAUGUCGAAAAGUGAAUGGGCACCAGCACAAAAGAAAUUUGAAUAUGUUAUGAAGCUAACUGAACAUCACAACGACCCUUACAGCUUUGUUGGCUUAGGAAAUGUUUGGUUGGAAACUCUGUUCUCCAUAACGAGGCGGAAAGAAAAAGAUAAGGAUUAUCGAGAAAGAGCACUGAAUAUGUACAGCAAGGCUUUAAAAGUCCAUUCAAAAAACUUAUAUGCUGCUAAUGGGAUUGGUUGCAUUCUGGCUCAGAAGGGAGCUAUUCAAGAAGCACGUGAUAUUUUUGCUCAAGUCAGGGAGGCGACAGCCGAAUUUCCAGAUGUUUGGAUGAACAUUGCUCAUGUUUAUAUGGAACAGAAACAAUAUGUUGCAGCGAUUCAGAUGUAUGACAAUUGUAUGAAAAAGUUUGGUAGAUUUAACCACAUACCCUUACUGCAGUAUCUUGCGCGAGCUUAUUACAGAGCUGGGAAGCUUAUUGAGUGUAAGCAGGUUUUAGAAAAGGCUGCAUGUGAAGCUCCAGACAACCUUCUUAUUAAGUACAAUCAUGCAUUUACUUUGAAAAAAUUAGCAAUGCAAAUGCUGAAGGAUGACAAGUCUUCUUUGGAAAUGGUGCUAGGAGCUGUAGAGGAUCUAAAAACUGCAGAAAGGAUUUUCACAUAUAUUUCUCAAAAUCGGGAAGAAACUAUGGGUCAGGCUCGCCUUGUCAGUCGCACUGCCUCAGCGGCAGAAGCUCGAGAUUGCGGGGAUUUACUGAAACAGGCUCAGACAUAUCUUCAACGAGCAAAGGCGCAAGAUGAAGAGGAGCAAAGGCAGAGACAGAGACAGGAGGAAGAACGCCUGGCACUGAAGAGAAAGCUGGAGGAGGAAGCACGGGAAAGAGAAGAAAAAGCAAAAAGGGAGGUUGAAGCGCUCAAGCAGAUGCGACGAGAAUAUGUUGAAAAAACAAAGGAAUAUCUUCGUCUACCUACAGUAGUCGAGGAACGCAAGUCGCGUGGUGGAGGUGGGGGCCGUCGUAGAAGGGAAAGGGAUGGAGACGAGUUUGUUAAUGAUAGCAGUGAUAUGGGUGAUUGGGGUGACGGUGAUGCAUCUGCUUCUCGACAGAAAAGGGAAAAGAAACGAGGGCGAAAGCGACAUGAACGGCGUGCAGAAAGCAGUAAUGAGAGUGGCGUAGAAGGCGAAAGAGAGGAGAGGAGAAGGAAAGAAGGCAAGAGGAAGAGGAGGAAAGAGGAGAGGCGUGAAAUAGAGCUGAGCACAAAACAAAAAGCAAAAGUUAAGAGUAGAGAAUUUGUGCAGUCAGAUGAUGACAGUUCAGACGAAGGUGUUGAAAGAAAUAUUCCCGAGAAUGGCGGUCAUUCUAGCGAAAGUAGUAACGGAGUUUCUCAGAAACACAGAAGGGUAGUGGCUAGUGACAGCAGUGAAGAAGAAAAAUCUGAGCACUCCUCAAACGAAGCGAGCCAUAUAGUUCAGGUUGUUAAGCGUCUAGAAAUGUUAGGUUAUUAAAA